CUGGUUCCUAAAUCAGCGGUCUAUAGAUGGAAGUGACGUCGAGGGAUUUUAAUAGGCAGCUUCUUGCCACGUGACUCGCAGAGCCGUUGUCAGGGGUAACGAGAAGCGAAGCGGCCUGGUACGGGAGCUGGAGCCUUGCUGGGGUGUCGGGCAGUACAGAUUGAAGGCAUUACCGGAGCAACCAGAUAGCAGUUGAAAAGCUAAACAGGAGAGCUGCAGAGCACAAAAGGCCAAGCCUCUGUCUAGAGAGGCACCUACAAUGGCUGUGUACUUUGAUCACCGCAUCCAAGCUCCAUUUCCUUCAGCAUCUCCAUCACACAUCUCUUGGCACAGGCACCAUGCUCUGCUUGCUGUAGCCUACAUCAGUUCAGGUGAAGGAGGUUCAGUGGAUAUCUACAGCGAACUGGGCGAUCACAUACAAGAUGCUCAAAUAAAAAGGACUUCCCAUCCCACUGUGCUCAGUUGGCAUCCAACCAAACGCAUGUUGGUGGCAGGAUGGACCACGGGUGAACUUGUAGUCUUUAAUGAACAAGACAAGGAGGAAUAUACAUUACAAACAGCACAUACUGCUGAGAUCACAAUGUUGGAAUGGAGCAGUGAUGCCAGUAGACUUGUCUCUGCAGAUAUGAGUGGAACAUUAGCAGUAUGGAGGCUGGAGCAGCGAGGACGGAUUCAAGUGUCACCAUUGCUUACAAACAUGUAUCAUAAACCUCUCACUCACUGCCUCUUCAAGCCUUUAGCUCCUGAUGAGGACUUUGCUCAGCUGGCAAAGGCUGCUGUCAGUGGAGAUGAGAAAGCACUGGAUAUGUUCAAUUGGAAUAAAUCAGGGAAAUGGACUCCCAUGAAGACUGCGUCUCAGCAGGAGUUUCACUUCUUCCUCGGUGCAAAGGACGGCUCGGUAUACUUUGUAAAUGAGCAGCUAAAGUACAGCCAGAUUGUGAAUCUAGACAGUCCAGUGAAAAGGCUCUUCUUUAUGGAAAAGAAAUCUAUUCUGGUAAUAGUCACAGAAAAUCUGCUGCUGUCUCAGUUUUUUAUCAGCCCAGAAGGAAACGCAGAAGAGAUCUCAAAGGUGAAGCUGAGUGGGAAGACCGGUCAGGCCGCUGAUAUACAUUGGGUGGACAACAGCCUCCUAAUCACAGCUACUGGGGAGAAUGUUAUUAGGUUGUGGGAUUUGGAGCGAGAGGACAAUUAUGUGCUUUCUCUAGAUGAACAGUUGGGGUAUGACGUUGGAGAGACCCUGAACUGCAUUUCUUACUGCAGUUCUAAAGCAAUCUUGGCAGCUGGAACUAACAAGGGCAGAGUGGCCAUGUGGAGCAGAGUGACCUCCCAUGGUCAGAAGGCCAUAAGGACUGAUGGGAAAAGCACUUGGAAGCUUCAGACUCCAACCGAACUAGAAGAAAACAUUAUGCAGAUACAGUGGGGCUCUUCAAAGAACUUCUUGGCUAUCAACAACUUCAGUUCAGUUGUGGUUCUCAGUGAGCAAGUCAUGUCUGCGCACUUCAGUCAGCAAGUUGCAGCCAUCCAGGUUGCACCCACCCAGCUCAAUCUGACCUAUUUCAGCACUGAAACGGCUCAUAACCUGCAGACUGACAUGUACAUCAAAGGUGUUUUCGUUACCAAGGAUACAGUUGCAGUUUGGAAUGGUAAGAUGGUCACUGUGUAUGAGCUAUCAGGACCGACUCUAAGAAACUCAGGUUCCUUCUCAUGUGAGUCUCCAGUGUUAGUUAUGCAUGAAGAUAAUAUAUAUACUGUAGAAACUAACAGAGUCCAGAUUUGGACACUGCAGGGCACUGUGAAGCAGUUGCUGCCUUUUUCAGAAGCAGAGGGGACUCCAUGUGGUUUGGAUGUUUGCGGACACUUUCUAGCAGUUACAACGGACACUGCUCAUUUUAAGACCUUUGACCUCUCACGAAGGGAAGCCAAAGCCCAUAUCAACUGCAAAAACCUUUCUCAGAUGGUUCCAGGAGUGGGGAGCAUUGUGUCUGCGAAGUGCAAUGUCAAUGGCAGCAAAGUCAGCAUCCUUGCUAAUAGGUCCGAUGGAAACUUGGAUUCCAAGAUGUACUUCUAUGAUGCUGAAUUGGACACUGUGACCUUUUUCGAUUUUUGGAGUGGUCAAGCAGAACAAGGGGACUCUAUAUCCAACCAUGACACAGACACGAAUGAUGCAGAAAACAGAGUGUUACUUGACCGCAUCCCAAUAAACCAUUUCUGGGACCAAAGUGAACCUCGGCUUGUGGUUUGUGAGGCUAUGUUGGCAGUGCCAAAGUCUGCUAACACAUCGCCAAAACACCAAUUGGAUCAGCAACCAGAGCUCCAUCAUAGAAAGGAGGACAUUUUGGUCAUUUCUUUAUUCAGCACCCAGGAGCACGGUCUUCUCAUUCAAGAGAGUUUCCCACGUCCUGCUGCCCUUCAGUCACUUUUGGGUAUUGAGGUACCUCACUACUAUUUCACAAAGAAGCGAGGUGAAGAGGAGAAAGCCUCUGAAACAGAGGUCCGGAAUAAUCAGAUUCCCCAAAUGGUGGCAAAGAAACCCCUGAGAGACUUUAUUGGGCUAGAAGAGUGUGAUAAGACUACAAGAGAAGCCAUGCUUAACUUCAGCUUCUACCUCACAGUGGGAGAUAUGGAUGAAGCAUUUAAGUCUAUCAAGCUUAUCAAAAGUGAAGCAGUCUGGGAAAACAUGGCUCGAAUGUGCGUAAAGACCAAGAGGCUGGAUGUAGCCAAGGUUUGCCUAGGAAAUAUGGGCCAUGCUAGGGGUGCCAAGGCUUUGCGGGAGGCAGAACACGAGCCAGAGGUGGAAGCAAGAGUGGCUAUGCUGGCAAUACAGCUCGGAAUGUUGGAAGAAGCCGAGCAACUGUACAAAACCUGCCAGCGAUAUGAUCUUCUGAAUAAACUUUACCAGGCUUGGAGCCAGUGGCAGAAGGCAAUUGAAACUGCAGAGAACCACGACCGAAUCCACCUGCGCUCCACCUACUACAACUACGCCAAGCACCUAGAGGCCAUUGGGGACCACAAUGCAUCACUCCUCCUGUAUGAGAAAUCUGAUACUCACCGUUUUGAGGUUCCCAGAAUGCUUCUCGAUGACCCUCAAGCUUUGGAAGAGUACAUCAAUAAAAUGAAGGAUAAGGGACUGUGGAAGUGGUGGGCACAAUAUUUGGAAAGCCAAUCAAACCUAGACUCCGCACUCAAGUACUACGAGAUGGCUCAGGACUACCUGUCACUGGUCCGGGUGCAUUGCUUCCUGGGGAAUAUUCAGAGGGCAGCAGAAAUAGCUAAUGAGACGGGUAAUGGGGCUGCAUCCUACCACCUUGCUCGUCAUUAUGAGAGUCAGGAAGAGGUGAAACAAGCUGUACACUUCUAUACACGUGCCCAGGCAUAUAACAAUGGCAUCCGGCUCUGCAAGGAGAACAAUAUGGAUGAUCAACUUAUGAACCUCGCUCUGCUCAGCUCCCCUGAGGACAUGAUGGAGGCAGCUCGGUAUUACGAAGAGAAGGGAGAGCAAAUGGAUAGGGCAGUCAUGCUUUACCACAAGGCAGGACACUUCUCCAAGGCCUUGGAACUGGCAUUCACUACAGAGCAAUUUGGGGCUUUGCAACUGAUUGCUGAGGAUCUGGAUGAAAAGUCUGACCCAGCUCUACUUGCCCGUUGCUCUGACUUUUUUAUCCAGCACAGCCAAUUUGAAAAGGCAGUGGAACUCCUGUUGGCAGCCAAGAAGUAUUAUGAUGCGCUGCAGCUCUGUAUGGAACGAAACCUUGUCAUUACAGAAGAUAUGGCUGAAAAAAUGACAGUGUCCAAAAAUUCCAAAGAUUUGAGCGAGGAGUCCCGGCGUGAGUUGCUGCAAAGUAUUGCAGACUGCUGCAUGAGGCAAGGGAAUUAUCAUCUGGCCACCAAAAAAUACACUCAAGCUGGAGACAAGUUAAAGGCUAUGAAGUCUUUGCUAAAGUCUGGCGACACAGAGAAGAUCGUUUUCUUUGCUGGGGUUUCACGUCAAAAAGAGAUUUAUAUUAUGGCAGCCAAUUACCUGCAGUCCCUGGACUGGCGUAAAGAUCCUGAGAUUAUGAAGAACAUAAUCAGUUUCUACACUAAAGGCCGGGCCCUGGAACUGUUAGCUGGCUUUUAUGAUGCAUGUGCUCAAGUGGAAAUUGAUGAAUAUCAGAGCUACGAGAAGGCGUUAGGAGCACUAACUGAGGCUUACAAGUGCCUGUCCAAAGCCAAAAUGCGAAACCCAGAGGAGCAGGAGAGGAAGCUGUCUGACUUGCAAGCCAAGAUGACUCUAGUGAAGAGGUUUAUCCAGGCUCGCAGGACAUACUCAGUGGACAGUCAAGAAGCAGUAAAGCAGUGUGAGCUGUUGCUAGAAGAGACAGAUCUGGACAGCGCUAUACGUAUUGGUGAUUUGUAUGGGCUACUGGUUGAGCAUUAUACUCAGCAGGGAGAUUUUCAGAAGGCCUACCAGUGCCUUGAGGAAAUGCGCUCCAAGAUGCCAUCUGUCAACUUGACUUACUAUGUGUCCCAAGGCAUCAUAGAAUCCAUCCAUCGCGCCCUCUCUAUCCCAUUCAGCCGACAUUCUCUAUCAGAGAACAUGAGGCACAACAGCGUGGAGGAUAGCGAGGAGGUGGAGGAAGUAGCAGAAAUGGACUAUGGAGACUAACCACAGAGCGCAAUAGAUGUACAUGUGUUGGACUCUCAGGAAAAUCUGACUGAAAAAGCAUCUUUUCUCUUGCUUGCUCCUUAUAACACGAUAUCAGUAAUUUAUUUUUUAUCUCACUUUAUAUAUUAAACCGGUUUUAUGGA